AAUUUGUGCUUGCAGCAAGUUCUCACAGUUGACAGUUGUACCUUCUUAAAUCUCCCCAAAAUAAUAAAAGAAAAUACCAUGGCUCCCAUCCUCGACAACAAUGUCCGGCCGAAUAUUCUCCAUGCUCGCCAAUCAUCGUCCAAUGAGUGCCCCAGCACUAUCUCCGGCGGUGGAAUCGCCGGCAUUGUUAUUGGCACUAUCGUUGGUACGCUCCUGAUCCAGUGGCUGAUACGACUGUGUCAGCUGCCGGGAGCACGCGGGGAGGCCUCCCCUGACUAUAAAUAUUCCACCCCAGUGGGCGUGGAGGCACGGCAUCGCCAUCGAAGUCGCCGUCGGCGCAGUCCGACAUAUGAGUAUGUGGAGAAGCCAAGUGGUUCGGUACGACGGCCAGCGAAGGUCUAUCUCAACUGAUCGCACAGUUCCCGAAAAUCAGAGGAAGCAAUAAAAGUGGUUGAGUGGUGGCCCCGCUUGUUUCUUUCUUUCCUUUCCCUUGUACGGAGUACCGCCGAGUCACGAUGUGGAUGCACGCUGUUCAUGAUGUCAAUGGCUUAUGAUUUGUUUUGUUUUCCUUUAAUGUCCUAGAGUAAUGAGAGACGUGGAGAUAUGUAUCUAUUCCGGGAUCAGUGGCGUUCAAGGACCCGCUGCUCAGAAGAACCGGAGGGCGUUCCAAUGGAUGGUUCUUCAAACUUCUUUUCGUUUACUUGGUCUUCUGUAUACGGAGAGUUCGCAGUCCAAUAUCCACAAUUUAAAACCCUGUCGGCGACAUAACUAGGCAGAUGCAUUCGAAAUCCAAGGUGCACCACAUCCUUGGUAGGUUGAAUCUAAGAUGAAGACCACGAUCCUACCCUCCUGUCGAUUAUUGCAUGAAUCUCACAGGUCGAGGAAAUAACCUCCGAGUAACAUGCUCAGGCCUGUGUAACGCCCCUUUUCUAAAUUUGAAGAUUCCAGAAUGCGAAUGCGCCUGGUACCUGAAAAAGUGGAAAAUG